AUGCUGCACAGGGCCAUCUUCCUCCUGUUCCUCCAUUUAGUCAUGUGCUCCAUCUCUUCUCCUCUCUAUCCAGCUCUCAGGUACAAUCCACUGCCCAUCUCUAGCAAGACGGUGAGCUUUCAGCUACAGGACGGCAGUCCAGUGCAGAGCAACAAUCUCUCUGUGGAGCAGCAGCAGCAGGAAGAGGAGGGUUUUCUAGCCAACCCUGCUGAAAAAAGGAUGCAGCGUCAUGCUGAUGCCAUAUUCACUGACCACUACCGGAAAGUCUUGGGGCAGAUCUCUGCCCGGAAGAUCUUACAAACCAUUAUAGGCAAACGGCUGGGGCAAGAGAUGGAGAAACUGUUUGUAAAGCCCCUGUUUGCAGAGAGCCAUUCUAGCAGCCAUUCUUGUUCUUUGCAUAACCCAACCAGCGAACGCAGUCCAGGGGAAGGGGAGCAUGAAUUUUUGACCAGACGCCAGUCUGAGAGCAUCUUGAUGGACAGCCGCUACCACCAGCAGAUGGUAUUAAAGAAUUUCUUGGGAGCCAUAUUGCAGAAUCAAAGGCCUCAGGAUGUCAACAGUGAUCAUGUCAAGGACUUUGCCAACACCCUGGCCAAGCUCAUGAAACUGUAA